CGUCUGGCCGUCAGCCGUAAAGUAUCCACGUCUGAGAUCAGCAAGGACCACAGCACGCAACCGAAGACACCCCACAGCCACCAUGGAAGAGGAAGAGACAAAGACCAACCCAACCACCACACAAGAUAAUGUGAGUAACACCGACGGAGCAUCAGGUUGUGAGGCACUCAAGCCCUUUCGAACGUACGGCUGGAAACCGGAUCCCCACUUGUCGGUGGAUGACAACCUUUUGGAUCUGCUCCUCAUUGUGACUCGAAGCUCCACUUGUCGCGAUGGAGGCAUGGCCUGUAUCAUUACCAAACAAACGAAAAGACAACAAGAUAACGAAACAGCAUCCCCAUUAUCUCUGUUCCAAUCCAUCUUGGCCGUGGCCACCAAUCGGGCGCUCUAUUCCGUCAAUGACAGUGACCUGCACGCAGAAGUCUGCGCCCUAGGCGCAUGCGCUCGGCACGGCCAUGCCACGGAAGCCUGUACGGCGUACAUUACCAUGCCACCCUGCAAAAAAUGUUUGGGGUCGCUCGUCGUGUCGGGCAUUCAAACAUUGGUCUUUCCGCGUCACAUUCCUCCAUACAUACAACAAGUGGCAGCACAAGACCACAGUAAUCUGACCAUUGUCCACAAGAAUGAUACCGAGGAAUGGAACCAACGACGACAACGAAUCCAGACAUUGAUUGAAACCUAUCAAAAAGAACACCCAGGGGAAGAAGGGGAAAUCGCCAAGCGGCGAAAGCAACGCAAGGAAGAAAAACAACAGAGAAAACAACGAAAGCUGGAAAAAGAUAAUGCUGAACCAACUAAGUAAGGAUCCAGACAUGUAGCCAACAGCCAGCCAACAAAUAGAUCAUGAUGGAUGGGAUUUCUAUUGGAACUAUUGAAUAAACAUAGUUUCAUAGCUGUUUGCUUGGAGGGUAGAGCUUAUCCGACCAGCCAAUCUUCUUCAAACUUACUUUCUUUCUUGUCACGGGUGAACCUGCAAAACUGGUAGCUUUCAUCCAUGCACCUCUUUCCAUGCGUACAGCGCUAGCGAAUAACACACUGUCAUCGCAUCAGCCCGCUGGUUGUUUCCUCCAUGUUCCGUCAAGGGUAUUUCCUGAUUGCCAUCCAGCACGAGAAUAACCAUCGCGUUCGUUGCUCCAAAGGCUA